AUGGCUGGGAAGAAUGUUGUAAUCUCUAUGGGGGAGUUUGCGGUUGAGAAUUGGGAGCAGAUUAAGAUCUUGAUGAGCAAACGAAACACAUCCCAGAAACAGGUCAAUCCUCUCGUCGUCAAGAUUGAACCGGUGCCGGUGGUUAGCAAAGAAGAGCCAAAGGAGGAGAGUGUUGCAAGCAAGAUCCAGAAGGCUUUUCCGCCUCACUCGCCCACACUGGCCGAGACUGCGAUUCGAUUUCCCAGAGCAUAG